AUGGAUGAAUUCAAGAUGAGUGUUCUAGAGCCGUUUGCAACAUCACAGAAGGAGUUAGCAAAGCAGCAGGUGGAGGAUCUGGAUCUCCUCCGUAGGCAGCUGAAAGAAGCCCGGGAGGAAUUAAAAGGGGCCUGCCUGCAAGCAGAGGAGCAAAAAGAAAUGGCUGGGAUUUUUAAACACAAAUACACCGCCGCAAUGGAGAAGGUGCAUAAGGUGCAAGGGCAGGUGAAACAUUUGCUUGAAGAGCUUCAGUAUUCCCAGCAACAGUUAAGAGAGUCCCAACAAGCCACCCAUUUAAUGGACGAAGAACUAUCGGAGCUGAAGCGGCGCCACCACGACAAGGUGGGCCAAUGGGAGAGCUCGCAAAAAGGCCUCAAGCAAUUGACGGACGAGCUCCACGUCAGUCGAAAUCUGCUGACUGAGAGCCGGCAAACGGUGCAUCACUUGAGAAGCCAUGUGUGCAACCUGCAAGGGCAAGUGGACACACUCAAGGAGCAGAAAGUCGUGUUGGAGUGUGACCUGCGACUUUAUCAGCAGAGUCACUCUCACGUGAACAAGGACUACCUGAGCAUGCAAAGUAACCAGCAGAAGCUGCAGAAGCGCUGCAGUGAGCAGGUGGAGCGCCUUGUGGAGUGUGAAAAGGUUAUUCUACAGAUGAAAUCAGAGCUGGAGAGACAGUAA